UUUUUAUAGUCUUAUGAUCGAUCUUAUUGAAGUUGAAAAGGAGCGCCUUUUAGAUGAAUGGUUUGCGCUGGACGAGGUUCCCAAAGGAAAGCUGCACCUGAGACUGGAGUGGCUCACGCUGAUGCCAAACGCGUCCAACCUUGACAAGGUGCUUACAGACAUCAGGGCUGACAAAGACCAAGCCAAUGAUGGUCUGUCCUCUGCAUUGCUGAUCUUGUAUUUGGAUUCCGCAAGGAACCUUCCGUCAGGGAAGAAAAUAAACAGCAACCCAAAUCCUCUUGUCCAGAUGUCAGUUGGGCACAAGGCUCAAGAGAGUAAGAUUCGGUACAAAACCAAUGAACCUGUGUGGGAGGAAAACUUCACUUUCUUCAUUCACAAUCCCAAGCGCCAGGACCUUGAAAUUGAGGUCAGAGAUGAGCAGCACCAGUGCUCCCUGGGCAACCUGAGGGUCCCCCUCAGCCAGCUGCUGGCCAGUGAGGACAUGACCCUGAAUCAGCGAUUCCACCUCAGUAAUUCAGGUCCCAACAGCACCAUCAAAAUGAAGAUUGCACUCAGGGUACUCCAUCUUGAAAAGCAAGAAAGGCUCCCAGACCACCAACAUUCAGCUCAAGUAAAACGACCCUCUGUUUCCAAAGAAGGGAGGAAAAUCUCUGUCAAAUCUCAGCUGUCUGCAUCUCCAGGCCCUGGUGGCAGCAGCCCAGCCCUGUCUACGCCGGCCCCUGGGGGCAGCGAUAAGCCGGGCGCAGAAGAGAGAGCCCAGCCGCCCGAGGCCAGCCCUCAGGGGCCUCGUGACCUGGGCAGGAGCUCCUCCAGCCUCCUAGUGUCCCCCAGCCACACCUCGGCCAAGGAGCCCACCCCCAGCAUCGCCUCAGACAUCUCCUUGCCCAUCGCCACCCAGGAACUGCGGCAGCGGCUGAGGCAGCUCGAGAAUGGGACGACGCUGGGGCAGUCUCCGCUGGGGCAGAUCCAGCUGACCAUCCGGCACAGCUCUCAGAGGAACAAGCUCAUCGUGGUCGUACACGCCUGCAGAAAUCUUAUCGCCUUCUCUGAAGAUGGCUCUGACCCGUACGUGCGCGUGUAUUUAUUGCCAGACAAGAGGCGGUCAGGGAGGAGGAAAACACAUGUGUCCAAGAAGACAUUAAAUCCAGUGUUUGAUCAAAGCUUUGACUUCAGUGUUUCGCUGCCGGAGGCGCAGAGGAGGACGCUGGACGUCGCGGUGAAGAACAGUGGCGGUUUCCUGUCCAAAGACAAAGGGCUUCUUGGCAAAGUAUUGGUUACUCUGGCAUCUGAAGAACUCACCAAAGGCUGGACCCAGUGGUAUGACCUCACCGAAGAUGGGACGAGACCGCAAGUGGUGACGUAGCCUCGCGGGCACAAGGCACACCCCCAUCUCUCCACGGAGCACGUCCCUCUCACAGAUGCACCAAUCUUAUUUUUAUAAUUUCAUGUAUUUAGUUAUACGUAUCUUAACAGUUUUAUAAAAUUAUUGAUAUUUUAGG